AGGUAACCCCAUUGGUCUCGGCCAUCCACCCUCUGCUGCCGCUCGCUGUGAUCGGCACGCCCUCUCCACCCCGCCCGCCUCGUGGCGCCGAGCCUGCGUCUUCUUGGCCUCGUUCGCCGCCUGUCUCUUGGCUGCGGGUGUUCUCCAUCGCAUUUUCCAGCCGCUUUGUCCAGGCCCAGGCCCUCCUGCCUGUGGCCCCCCGCACUUCGAUUCCUCCUCUGACAGAUAAUUUGGUCGAGCGCGCUUCUGACCCCUCGUCUCCUCUUUGCCUCAUUUCCCUACUGCCGACGCCUCAUAGCCCACGGGCGAUACUUUGCGCCAUAUGGUCAUCUUCAGUCGCCUCGUACCCACGGGGCUCUCUCGGAGAAUCGCCGCAUUCUCCUCUCCUGCUCGCUUGACCCCCUCCAACCUCUUGGUCCGUCGACACCAACCCGUCCAAGCAGCCCUCAAGUACUCGACCCAGUCCCAAGCACCCUUUCCACCUCCGUCUUCUCGCCUCAUUUGGCUCGGCGUCCUCGCCGGCGCCUCGGCAUUGACCCUGGGGUGGUACCUCAACCAACCGCGACUCCACGGCGAAUCCCGCCGAUCGCUCGCUCUCACUGGCCCUGCAUCCUCCGCUUCCGAUUCUCUCGGCACCAAAGCAGAUACUCGUCCAUCGUCCGAGGGCGCUGCCACCGUGCCCGCCAAUGCGCCAUCCUCCCAAGUUGCGGCGGCGGCCUCUGCUGCUCCUUCCGCUCCCACCCCUGUUCCCAGCCUCAACUCGGUCAAGCCCGGGCUGCCCUUUUACACCGCCGACCAGGUCGCUCAGCACGAUUCCAAGGCUACGGGCAUAUGGGUCAUCUCCGGUGACGGAGUCUAUGAUAUCACCAACUUUGUCGACAUUCACCCUGGCGGCGAGCGCAUCUUUCUCGCCGCAGGCAAGUCCAUCGAUCCGUUCUGGAACGUCUUCACCAUCCACCAAAGCCCCGAAACCCGUGCUCUUCUUGAAGAAUACCGCAUCGGCAAUGUUGACCCCAACCACCGGCGGUCUAGCGACGAUGACGCCAAGGCCCUCCAGCUUCUGUUUGCAAACGACCCCGAGCGUAGCCCCGAGCUGAUUGUCCGCGCGGCCAAGCCCUGUAAUGCCGAGACGCCUGUGCAUGGUCUCCGCUCCUUUGUCACUCCAACCGAUCUCCACUAUGUCCGCAACCACCUGCCCGUUCCCAAGAUCGAUGUCGAUGAUUUCCGGAUCAAGAUCGAGGGGCCGGGGAUCCCGGACGACUACUCCGUCUCCCUCGACGACAUUAAACGCAUUGGCAAGGAGGUCGAACUGACGGUUACUCUGGAAUGCGCUGGUAAUCGCCGCAAAGAUAUGCACGACACCAAGCCCACCAAGGGCUUGCUCUGGACCCAGGGCGCCAUCUCCAACGCCGUCUACACCGGAGUCCGCCUGCGCGAUGUCCUGAUCGCUGCCGGAUUCGACCCCACCUCGCCCGACGCCCAAGAGGUUGAGCACGUCCAAUUCACCGGUGCAGAAGGCUAUGGCUCCUCUAUUCCUCUCAACAAAGCCCUGUCGCCAAUGGGCGAUGUCAUCCUGGCCUACAAGAUGAAUGGCGAGGAUCUGCCGUCCGAUCACGGCUAUCCCCUGAGAUCCAUCGUUCCUGGGCACGUCGCUGCUCGCAGCGUCAAGUGGCUCAACGGCAUUGUGCUUUCAGACGAAGAGUCGCCCUCGCACUGGCAACGACGGGACUACAAGGGCUUUGGCCCUUCCAAGACCCUCGAAACGUCCGACUAUGAAAAAGCCGAGAGUAUCCAGGAGAUGCCGGUCCAGAGCGCCAUCACCUUUCCCCUGAUGAACCAGCUUGUUUCCCUCGAUCCCCCAUCGCAAGACUCUGGCCGUGCCAAAACCCCAAUCCAGGGAACCGUCCGUGUCGAGGGGUAUGCUUGGAGCGGGGGCGGUCGCUCAAUCGCCCGAGUGGAUGUCUCAUCUGACGGCGGCAAGACCUGGAUCGAUGCCGAGCUGCUCGAGGGGCACAAGCAACAAACAGGACGCCAUUGGGCCUGGGUUCAGUGGCGCGCAGAUGUCCCUGUCGGCAAGCUCGAUUCGACCGCAGACGACUCCCAGCGCCAGGUCGAGCUUGUUUGCAAGGCCAUCGACUCGAGCUACAAUACCCAGCCUGAGACCCACGACAGCUGCUACAACGUCCGGGGCGUGCUCGUGAGCGCCUGGCACCGAGUCAGCGUGUUGGUUGCGUAGCCGCACGGAGCGGUCUUUGUCCUCCGGAUUCUGAAGCGGAUGCUGAUGCGGAUAGGUGGUAUCGAUGCUGGCGAAGGUCCGGAUUGCCGGACGGGUAGCCAAGGCAAAUCCUGAUCCUGCAUACCGCAUUUUUGUAUGUUUGUUGUUGAUCCAAGAUGUUCGUCAGUACACUUACAGCAUGUUCCAAACAAAACGGGGCUGUACCCCAUUUGCGUUUCUUCAAAUCAACCUUGUCG